AUGACUCCAAUUUCAGAAAGUGUAAAUAUUAGAGAAGAGAUUGCUAAAGCGCUGUCGAUUCUGGUAAAUAAUGAAACGUUUCAUGGAGUUGCUGAAGAAACCCGAUGUGCCGUUUUUAUUGCCAUAGAAAACUUUUUAAAAAAUAAAUUAGAAUCCUUAAAGCUUCCUUCAUCAUUUACAGCUAAGGAGAGAGCUUUCGCUCACAUAAUCGCUCGGCUGAGUGGACUGUAUUCUGAAUCGGAAACCGUCAAUGGUGAGAAGAUUUUAACCAUCAGUGCAGUAUGUCCCCGAAAAACUUCUGCAAACUCAACAGCUGAAUUUCAUCUAACAUGGAACAGUAAAAAUAUAGUGGUCCAUCUGUUACAAACUAAUCCAGUAACACCUAAAGAAAAACUCGAAUUGUAUCCUCGUGUUGAAGGAGCUUCAGGACUUGACAAAGGAACCAGAGAAGAACGACAGAGGGGUACAACUGGACGACUUAUGGGUGCUGUACCACAAAUCCCAACACCACCUUCUAUUAAUUGGAACAGGGAAGCAAAUGACUCAAAGAAACAACUUAUCAACAGUUAUCGUCAACAAAUUAUCCAUCACUUAAACUCCAGCCAAGUUGUGAUAAUCUCAGGCCCUCCGGGUUGUGGCAAGACUACAAUUUUACCUCAGAUUUUAAUGGAUGAGUGCUUUGCUCGUGGUCAACGAUGUCGUAUGAUAUGUAGUCAACCUCGACGUCUAUAUGCUCAUAUCAAUGCUGAACGUUUAGCACAUUUAAGAGGUGAAAAUGUUGGCCAAACAAUUGGUUAUCAAAUUCGAUUGGAGUCAAAAGUAUCUCCAAGAACUCUAUUAACUUUCUGUACACAUGGAGUUCUUUUGCGAACAAUAUAUGCAGAUUCUAGACUUAUGGUAGGUACAACACACAUCAUCGUGGAUGAAAUAGAAGAAGAUGAGAUACCUGCAAGUUUUAUGUUACUAGAUUCUCAAAUGGGAGAUAUUAAUAGUUCUGGUGUAAUAGAUAAAAAUUGUUAUGCUGACAAUCCAAGUGGAGGAUGCGGAAUUUUGUUAGGAAUUCUACCCUCACUUCUGUCUCAAUAUCCACAUUUAAAAGUAGUGCUUGUAAUAAAUACUCAUUUAUCUACUUAUAAAUCUUGGUACAACAAUACACUGAAAUCAGAACAUGAUCAAACGAGAGUUAUGUGUUGCAGUGAAAGUGGUAGUUUGGCUGCUUCAGUGAACAUUUCAAAUCCGAAUACUAUUAACAGCCCUGAACAGUUGCCGAAUGACACCGAUAACGACAACUGUGUUACAAGAGAUAAUAACUCACUGGUAUUCAGAAACGAUAGGCUGGAUCUAAGCAGAACGCAAUUUGAAAUGAUAACGGACAGUCCUCAGUCGAAUCCAGGCUUUCUUAUUCCCUCUAACAUGUACUUUAGUAACUUGAAUUCAGUAAAUAACAAUGGGAUUUUAUCUAUGAAUAAUCAAAAUAAAUUUGAUAUGCCUCAAAUUUUUUCUGUUCCGGAUUACACGUGCAAAUCAAGUCAAGUUCUGUUAUCAUCAUCAUCAGCAGCAGCAAAGGAGGACAGUUGUUCUUCUUCGCCUUCUCCUUGUCUAACAAAAAUCAAAUCACCACUUAAUAAGAUUCCGAAUGAUCCAUCGUUGAAAAAGUUGACCUACGAACCAUUACAAGGUUUCAGUAAAUACUUCAAUGGAGCUCCAGUAAUUAACAUACCACAUACUACUCAACAAGUGAAAACCUAUUAUCUGGAAGAUAUUUUGGAGUGGAUAAAUUAUUCAACUUCGCAAAUGGAUGAUGCUUUCAUAUCUUUUGUACAAGAUGCUUCUAAAUGCCAGAAUAUGUAUUUCUGGCUUAAAGGCAACGAACCCACUAAUUACAGUUCAAGAGAAUACAAUGUAGACAUAUUUCGAGAAAAUAAUGCAAAUGAUAUGCUUAAGGAUGGGGUAUUAUUUGAAACUGCUCAUUUCAACAAUGCCAUAAAGAAGCCACCGGUAGUCUUUAAUGAUCAAAUGAAAGUUUAUUUGGAAUCUGAUCAGUUGUUGAAUAAAGUGAAAGACCGUGAAGAUAUUGAUUCCGCAGGUAAUCCGAAAAGACAUGCAAACAACUUACUGUGGACUAUUUGGCAAAGUACUGUCCACCAUCCCAGUGAUCUCAAACCAAACAGAUGUCAAAAUAAGGAAAACGAUGAAUCAGAAAUUAGUGGCCACUUACACUCUUGUCUGACAAAUUUAUUUCAGUGUAUUUUAGCUGGUUGGAUAUCAGUAGAUUAUGAACAUUCGAAUACAGGUCUUACUCCACUCAUGGUUUGUUCUGCUGCUGGAUUAAUGGAUGCUGUCGAUCGUUUAUUAGGUCUUGGAGCGAAUCCAUUUACCCGUGUAGCUAUGCCCUACGAAGUGUUAAUCUCACAAACCCAUAAAAACUGUCAAAAAGGUUUUGAGCUUUUAGGUCCACAACAUCGUAAAAUUACAAUUACAAAUGAAGUCUAUACUAUUGUAGGCGUUAAUGCAUACGAUUUGGCACGUACAUAUGGUUACAAUGAGGUCGCGGGAUUACUGAGAACACAUAUGGUUUCUCAAAGUCUUCGACAUGAACCAGAAAACUGGGAGGCUAUACUUUUAAGAUACGGUUCUUGGUUUCAAAGUUCACUGAGCAGUUCACAAUUCGAUGAUUGCACUUUAAAUGAAAAUCAAAUCACCCUAACUCAUUCAAGAAAAGCCUCAACAGAAAAAAGAAAGUGUAUAAAUCAACAAAAUCUACACAACAACAAGCUACUCUUAUCUUAUCAGUUAGCUAGAAAUUGUACAGAACCUGAGACAGCAGUUGAUUAUGAUCUGUUGACUAUGCUCAUUGUGAAAAUUGAUAGUUCUUUGGCAGAAGGCACAAUAUUGGUCUUUUUGCCAUCCUACGAAGAGAUCAUAACUUUACGAGAAAGAUUACUAAGCCCUGAAACUUCGCCGUGGAAAUCAUCAAAAAGACCACUAAUAUUGAUUUUGCACUCUAGAAUGCUUGUUGCUGAUUUAAAAACAAUAUAUGCUCAGUCUAAGAGUUCUGUUCGUAGACUAAUACUUUCAUCAAAUAUUGCAGAAUCAUGCAUGACUUUUGAUGAUGUGUCCUAUGUCAUCGACUGUGGAUUAGAUUUUACGGAACAGUAUCUUGACUGGACUGAAACUACAUCAUUACGAAAUCAUUGGAUUACGAAGUCAAAUGCAAUUCAAAGACAGACAAGGAUAGGAGAAAAUAAGAAUGGAAUAUGUUUUCACUUGUACAGUACUUUGCGAUACAGCAUGUUGUCUGAAGGACCCAAUUUUGCUGUAAGAGGACAUACAGUUGAAGAGGCAUGUAUUCAAGCUCGCCUACUUUCACCACCAAAUAUCUCCAUAGAAACUGUUUUGCGUACCUUACCAAAACCACCACUACCUGAAUCUACUAGAAUGGCUAUUCAAGGACUAAAGGAAAUGGACGCACUGGAUAGUUUUGAAGAGCUGACUGAAUUAGGUUAUCAUAUAUGUGAUAUACCUAUACCAGCACAUUAUGCUAAAAUGGUUUUAGUUAGUGUUGUGUUAAAAUGUCUUGAUCCAAUUCUAACAAUUGCGUGUAUACUAGCUUACACAGAGCCAUUUACAAUACCUAGAAAUGCUGGUGAACGACGGGAUUUAAUGAAUGCUAGAAAGAAAUUUUCUGCAGACACUUACAGUGAUCAUAUGAUGCUAUUAAGAGCCUUUCAGUUCUGGCAGAAAUCUCGUUCAGAAGGAUGGGAAAAAAAUUUCUGUCAGAAAAAUUUUAUAUCUACUACAGCUUUCGAAGUUAUCACCGCUAUUCGUACACAGUUAUUAGGACAGCUUAGAGCUUCAGGUUUUGUGAAAGCCAGAGGAAGUGGAGAUAUCCGAGACCUUAACAGUAAUUCAGAAAACUGGGCUGUUGUUAAAGCAGCUAUUGUAGCCGGUAUGCAUGGUAAUUUAGCCAGAUUGGAUAGGAAAAAUUCAUGCUUGAAGAUAGCUAAUGGAAAUAAUUCACUGAUUAUGCUUCACCCAAAUUCUGUCAUUGCUACAAAUUCUGAUGGAACAAAAAUGGAUUUGAACAACUUACCGUGUGAUUGGCUUGUUUUUGAUGAAUUGCUCACUUUAAGUAAUUCAAAUGUAAAAAAUAAAAUUACAGCUGAUGCCAAUGACAUCUAUGAGUUCACGUUGUCAAGCAACAGUGAAGCUCAUUUCAGAAAUUCGUGUAUCAAUAGUCAACAACAAAAUAAUCCCCUGGGCAAUUCUACUGAAAAUACUAAAGUAAUAAAAAAUUGUGCCAAUUCAAGCGACUUGAAGAUUAUAAAAUGUGCCAGUAUAAUUUCACCAAUCACUGUAGCUUUGAUGGCUGGACCAAUUAGAUUAUGGCCAGAAAUGAUUAAAGAAUCUCAGUCAAAUGUGAACGAAGAAGCAAAACAACAAAGGCAGCAGAAUUUAGUCAAAGAAAUCCAUCAGUGUCAGCCAGUUUGCGGUAAUACCAAGAAUAAAAAUGACAACAAUAACAAUAUUAUCUAUGGAAGUGUUCAAGAAGAAUAUGAGACCGCAUCAGAGUCCGAUUCUGAUUCAGAAACUCAAGGAAUCGUUAAAUCUUUCUUACAGAAUAAUAAUAAUAACAGUAAUAGUAAUAAUAAUAAUAGUCAAUUAUCACGUAUUCAUAUGAAUAUUCGUGAAGUUCUAGGUGAAAUAAUACAGCAGAAAACAAAAGCAAAUAGCAAUUCAACAGACACAAAGCUAAAAGUGGAUACUCCACAAACACCGACACAACCAUCAGACCCUAUCAUGAAUCUAUCAACAAAUUUCAAUGCAAUAAAGGUUUCCGAAAAUAAGCAUAAUUUGAAGUCGUUACCUAUUCAACAACAACAACAACAAAGUCAAUUAAUUCCCAGUCUUACGUAUUCAUCUGUGGAUCAAUCUAAUCCUAUGAUGUCAAUGAUGUCAUCAUCGUUAUCAUCAACAUCUGCAAAUGAUCAAACAAACACUAACACAUCAUUUUGCUUAGAUUCAACUGGAUUUCUGCGUUUCAUCCUAAAUUCAAAUGAAGCUCAAAUGGUUAUAGGCUUACGACAGAAAUGGCAUGCAUUGUUCUUACGUCGACUGAAGAAUCCUGGGAAACAAUGUUCACAACAAGAUGAGGCAGUUCUCAAAUGCUUGACAAAUGUUUUAAUGGCUGAAGAACAAGCACUGGGGCUAAGACAACCAUCUGGUGUUGGUGCACGUCCACGUCCAAUGGCAGCAGAACUAUGCAAUCAACUUGAUUACUCACAAAAUGAUACUUCUCAAAUUCCCAAAAUCUCCACUGAACAGAGUAUAAUUAAUAAUAAAAUUGCCUCAGCUCAUUGUAUCGCAACAGAAAUUAAAACAUCUAUCACUACCAUUACUUCUUCAAACACAAGUCACUUAGAUCAAGAUAGUUUAAGAUGUAAAUAUCCCCUGUUUACACGACCAAACUAUGCAUCACAAAUUACAAAUUUUACUCUGCUGAAUGACUUCAAUAAAACAAACGAACAGGGCUCAUUUCAAGCAUCCAGAAGUGAACAGUAUAUGGAUAAGCAUACGCCAAUCACCCCAGUUAUGGAAAACACAGGAAGGCUGACUUCUUUUCCUACUACAAACAAUAGUCGGUGUGAUUGCCAAGCUUGUAGUGACAAUCCUAAUUAUGUAUUAGCAAAUCCCUUGACAAAAUUGAAUAUUAUGCAAUCGGAAGACAAAGGCACUUCAUCAAUAAGUAAUUUGAACAGCAAUUUUUCAGAAACACCUAUUUACAUUUCAUUACAUGGAAAUCAAAAUUCUUCUCUUCUUAGUUCAUUAGUCAAUUUGAAUAGAGUGAACUCAUUGGAAAUAAAGCAACAACAGCAACAGCAACGGCAACAUCAACAACAACAACAACAACAACCAUAUGAUCAUAAUGAAAUUCAGAAUAACAAUAAUAAUAACAAUCAAAUGAGUCACUAUCAUUCGCUUAAAUGGGAAAGUAUAAACUAUUCAUCAAAUAACUUAAAAGAAUCCUACAGAUUAAAUAACUUAGUCGGCAAUUUCGCUACUUUAUCAUUCCCUGCGACACCUAUUACUACUAAUAAUGAUAAUAGUAGUAGUAGUAGUACUGGCAAUGCUCUGAUAAGUGAUCAUUCCUUAAGCAACUUAAAUAAUCGAUUGAGUGUAACACAAACAACAAAUAUUUGGUCUUCAAAUAAUGAAGCCGAUUUAAAGCUGUUAAAUUAUGGAAUAAACAAGUCAUGA